AUGGGGCUAAUUGGAACAAUGCAACAUCUACCUCAACACUUCACUCCAAAUCUCUUCUGGAACCUCUUUUCAACCAUUGUCAAUAUUAAAUGUCAGGACUCCGCAGCUAAAGGUUGCUGACAAAAAAUUAAUUUUCUGUUCUAUCCGGCGUAG